UACUGGAAUUGGGUUUGUCAUCAGAAUAUUAUCUUGAGCAAGAGAUGUCGCGAGAAACAGCAGCAGCAGCGGGAGGUUCAUCAACAGAAGCUCCAGAGAUCAUAUUUAACGACAAGGAACGGAAGUUCGAAACAGAAGACAAGAAAGCGUAUCUUGAAUAUGUGCUAAGAAAUGGUGGGAAAGUGAUGGAUAUUGUUCACACCUUUGUUCCUUCUAGCAAGAGAGGUCAAGGUCUUGCUUCCAUUCUAUGUGUUUCUGCUCUUAAUCACGCCCAAGAACAUUCCCUCUCUGUUGUCCCGUCUUGCUCUUACGUCUCUGAUACAUUUCUUCCGCGCAAUCCACAAUGGAGCUUACUCGUAUAUACAGGGGAGCCCAAGUCUCACAUGUGAAACCUCUUCAGUUUGUGUUCCUAGACAUGCUUAAUGUCGGCCAAAGUAAUUUUUAGUUGAACUUGAUGUAGUCAUGAAUAGCCUGCUUUGUUUAUGUGAACGGACAGCUGAGCUUGAUAUAGUCAUCAAUUGCCUGCUUUAUUUUUCAUCUGGAUAUGUGAACAGAUCAUUACCUGUAAUUAGGUGUUGUGGUAUACUAAUAUGCAUUUCUUCA